UACAGCGCCCGUGACGUCAUCAAUGCGCGCUGCUGGGGUUUCGUCGCUGGCCUCUGAAAUGGGCACCAAUCAUCAGCCCUGAUUUCACCGUCGAUUUAUGACAUUAACUCACCAGAAGCCUAAAGCUAGAGCUUAGGCAACACCAUGACAUGCCCAGGUAAUGUGAUGGAAGAGCUCAGCGAGAGGUUCCCAGAGCUGAUUGCAGUGGUGCCGUGCUUGUGGCUGUCAGGCCACGCCUCUCACUAACAUCGUCCACGUGUAAUCCAGAGCAGCAUGAAGCCAGCUCACGAGCGCAAUCAGGAGUGCCUUCCUCCAAAGAAGCGGGACCUUCCGGUUAACAAUGCUUCCAACGUUCCUAACAACAGCAACAGCAGCAGUAGCAGCAGUAAUACUGGAGGUGGUGGAGGAGGAGGAGGAGAUGAAGCGUUGUCCUCGUCACAGAGCUCCGGAGCGAGUGGAGACACUCAGGGUGGAAGCGGAGGCAGCGAAUGGGUCCGGUCUCAACCUAAUCUGCAUUACGGAGUAGAAGGGCCGGAGAGCAUGGCCCCAGGAUUAGCUGUGGAUCAGUACAGCAUGCUGUAUAAAGUAGCUGUUCCGUCAGUCACAUACUCACCCACCAGCCUCCAUCCUGUGCUGGGCCACAUUUCUCCAGCCUACACGGUUCCCUCUCAACUCCUCCAGCACACCGGCAUGCCUUACCCUCCUCUCGGCUACGCUCCCAUCCCACAGUUUGUCAGCCCUCCUUACGCCACCGCCGUUCCCUAUGCAGUCCCGCCCGGGUUUGUCCCGAGCUCCCUGAUUCAGGCUCAGUCUCACCUGGUGCCCUAUCCAUCUGUCAUCCAGGAAGGAGUGGUCUCAUCCCCGCCUCAGCACCAAGUGUCUGCUCACACCUACGCCAAGGUGGCAACUGCUGGAGGUGUCCCAUUGGUGCUGGCGUCGGAACAGGCAGCGACUUCAUCCUCCUCCUCAUCUUCCUCCUCACAGCAGCAAACUUUAGGCACCAUCGGGAUGAUUCCCACGGCGGAUCGCAUCCCGGUCUUCUACCGCACGUCGGCCAGCGACCGAACCGUGCAGCAUCAAAGCGGCUCGAUGGAGCAGGACCGGGAAGUGAACGGAGGGGAUCGGGAAAACGGCAGGGACUGCAUGCAAGACGUAGUUUAUGUGGUGAGAAACGCAGCGGUGCGGCCACAUCACGGACCAGCUAUGGACCUACAUGACCGAAAGAUCUGCAGGCAGGAGGGAAGAGCGUCUCCUGGCCAUCGCAGCACCCCGGACACGGACCUGGAGGUCCAGCAAGUGGUGGGGCGCCUGGCAUCACCGGUGCGGGGUGUGAGUCGCAGAGAGGGAGCGCAUGGCUCGUCGCAGAGUUCCCAGAGUAGCAGAGAGGUUCAGGGGGAGAGCAGGACGGCGUACGCGUCACACUCUGCAAACCAGCUGGAACCUCGAGCUUCGCUCCAUCCUCAGCAGACGGCACAACCUGGUCAUGCGGUGAUCCUGCCGAACGGCCAGCCAGUUCUCAUGCCCCUGGACUAUCAUCAUCCUCCUCAAGUUCAGCCUAACAACGACAUCACAGCUGAAACCCUGCAACACAAAAUCUCAGACGUCGCAGGCGUAGCUGAGCGUGUGGUGGCGGUGGAGCUUCCUGCCGUGCCGGCCGUCUCUGCCGUGCCACCUUCACACUUCACCAAGGGUGCAAUCAUUCAGUUAGCGACGGGUGAGCUGAAGCGCGUGGAGGAUCUGCAGACGCAGGACUUUGUACGCAGCGCCGAAGCGAGCACGGGGCUAAAGAUCGACUCGAGCAUGGUGGUGGACAUCCGUCCUAGCACUCAGAGGCCCGGCCUGAUCGCGCUACGCUUUGCUGUCGGCGAGUGCCAGAGCAAAGUGAGCAUCGACGUUCCUCCUGAACAUCCGUUCUUCGUCUUUGGUCAGGGCUGGUCGUCCUGCAGCCCGGAGCACACCGCCCAGCUCUAUGGCCUCACCUGCCACCACCUCCAAGUGGGUGACGUCUGCGUGUCCAUCACCCUUCAGCAACAUUCGUCGGCCCACCAAAAGCCGCCCUCGGUUUCCCAGCAGCCGCAGCAACCGACACACAGCAGGACUUCCACCAAAGCCAACUCGAUGUCAGGAGCCUCCUCCAGCCAGCCUAUGGGACCUCCGGCGCCCCAGAACCCGCGGUCUCUGGGUCAGAUCAGGAUGGAGCGUGUUCAGAGAGAGAGGGCUGACAAGGAUGAGCCCUUUAAGCUGAGCAGCUCGGGACAUGGGGACGUGCCCUCUAGACCCGACAGGACUUCGGCGGAGCACACGCGCAGCCAGAGCAGUUAUUAUUUGCACACUGAGGCCCAUGGGACCUCACAGAGGCGUUGGUCCACCCCCGGUUUCCAAAGAUACCCCGUCAAGAGGGAGGAGGGAGGCCUAGCCGUGCCGCCGGGCUCCUCUCGGCCCUCGUUCAUCCCUCAGGAGGUCAAACUAUCUAUCGAAGGGCGCUCCAACGCAGGGAAGUAGCAGCAGACGCAGGACGCAUUGGCAAGAGGGGAGGAAAGUGUCAGAAUUGCGUGGGAGAUGUGAAGAGAGAAAGAGAGAAUGUAGCCUAAGAAUGUGUUUUUGUUUUAUUUCGUUGAGAUUUUGCACACAAAAGAUUUUACACACACACACACACACACACACACACACACAGAUCUACACACAGACAUACUGACUCACACACUCCCUUGUUUUUAGGCAGCCCGUGAGCACUCGGGACGAGUUAGUGCCAGUUUGUAACUAUGGCGAGACCACAGACCAUCUGGACUUACUGCUCCAGCUGGUAAAUGAUCUACCAAAGCCUUUUCAUGCUCUGUAACUCACUUCUAGGUGAAAUAUCAUUAGAUUCAACGUUCACAGCUCUUUGAAUUAACGUGUAUCGAAGGACGUGACGGGGGGGGACCUGGAUACAGCCAUAGGAUAUUCAGAAUUAUGCCUGUUUUCCUCCUCGUAUAUAAACAUAAAUAUAUAUAUAUAUAGAGAGAGAUAUAUAUAGAGACAUUAAAUCUACCCUGUACUUGAUAGAUAGUUUGGACUACCUAAAGGAAAGGCUCUCUCUCUCUUUCUCUUUCUUUCUCUCAUUUUUCUCUCUCUCAUUUCUCUCUUUCUCUCUCUUUCUUUCUCUCUAAUUUCUUGACUUUCGUUUUCGUUCUCACGUCAUCAACCCCUUCUUCUUUUUUCGUUUGUAGCUCGAGAACGAUCACUUCUUCCUGAAUCAAUCAAACAAUUAACAAUCAACAUUCAGAACAAAAGGCAUCUCGCUCACGUUUACACCGUCCACAGUUCCGUGCUCUACCUGUGCCACGUGUAUUAUUUUCUUCCCCCUACGUUUGUACAAAGUUUAUGACUCGUUCCGGUAUACGGAGACAGUAAGCGUUUGUUUUCGUCGCAAAAUCGUCGCUGCUUAAAAAGAAAGGAAGAAAAGAAAAAGGUGGUGCAGGUUCUAGCUGCUGGAGACGGAUCUGGAAAAAAGAAAGGAUGAUUGCUUUGAAGUGAAAAUCACCGCCGAUGGGUUGUAAAAACAAAAGCUUGAUGAUUUUCAUUCCUCGUGGGUUUUUUUUCUUCCUCUCAACUUCCUGUAAUGAUACAACAGUCAUGAACCUACCCCAUUUUCCCCUCUUCCUUUUUCGUAGCAAUGCACCGUGUUAUUUUUAAUUUCUUAUGACUCCUCACCAGCGUGGGUUUCAACCAGGACAUGUACGUGACCUUUUGUUUUUGAACGACACGCUCUCUUUAUCUCUUUAUCUCUCUCUCUCUCUCUCUCUCUUCCCUUACUUUUAUCCUUCUUCUCCUUGUUUUUUUUUUAUUUUUUUUUAUUCUUGUUUCACAUUAUAUCUCUUUCCCUCGCUCUUGCUCUCCCUUUCGCUCUCCCCCCCUUUCUCUUUCUCUCUCUCUUUCUCUCUUUCUUUCCCUCUCUCCUUCUCUCCCUCUCUCUCUCUCGCAGGGCGUUUCGUUCCUUCCUCCUCGUCCCCAACGAUAUUUUUGUACGAUGUAGGAUUUCUUCCUCUGCAAUAUUCCUCCUGAAGACACUCCUCGUCGCACGCGGUCGAUCAGGGCCGAGCUACGUGACGUGCUUCAAUACAGACGAUUAAAGUCACGUUAGUGUCCACAAAGAGAACCGAGUUAACGGUGAGACGAGGCAAAACUUCAGAGUUUAUCAAUCCAUGUUAACGUUCAUGCAAACGUCUUCACCGUCACGUGGUCCGGCCCUGCGGUCGGACGCGCCUCAUCGACGCCGACCUCUUUAAUCGGAUUGUUUUCUUUUGUUUUGUAUGAAGUUCAGAUUUGAUUUCUUUGUGAGAAACUGACAGGCGACACUGUUCCACACCGUUUACAAAUUAGCCCCGAAGAAAUGCUGCAGUUUCAUCACUGAUUUUUUUCUAAAUUAUAUAUAUAUAUUUCUUCCCCUUUAGGUUUUAGUUUAUUCGACAAAUCGAAACGGAGAAAAACACAAACAAAGUGCAAUUAGACUCCGAGGUUUAAAAGAAAACGUUAGAGCAGGAAGCAUUCCAGCGUCCCGUCUAAUAUUUGUUUUGUUUUGUUUUGUUUAAAUCACUUAAUUACAAAUGUUUUUUUUUCUUUUUCCUUGUGCUAUAUGAGAACGAUUUUAUUUAUUUUCUUUUUUUGUUGUUUUCUCCAAUUUAAUUUCAUUUAUUAGCAAGAAUGUGUUUUUUUUUAUUUUUUAUUUUUAUAUUCCGUAGCUCUCGCGUGACCCUUCUGCAGGUAGCAUUAACUCUGACUGGUGGUUUAACCUCUCCGACUGUGUUUCUGGUCUUGCACGUGUUUCUGUUGUGAGCUCCGCGGUGUGUAAUUUCUAUUUUUUUGUGUAAAUCUUUUCUCUCAUUGGUCAGAGAUAUUUCAACUUCAGAUGUUUAUCGUUUCUGUCCCGUGUCGAUUAGGGACGUGUCAAAUUUGCGCUAUUUUCAGACACCGCUUUAGUACAUGUCACUGGUGUCAUCGGACUUUUUCAUUUGUUUUUGAGUGACGUGGGCGUAGCCGAGUUGUUUGGUUCUCAGUGCUCAAACAUACCGGAGAUAACCCGCGUCCCUGUUUUCUGUAUUAACGUCUCUGUCUUCUGUCCCAAAGGGGCGUGGCCACUCUGUUCCAGCCGGUCUGAACAGACUCUCAUUCCGAUUCUGAGACAUGACCAAAAAAAAAAAAAAAAGAAAAAAAAACCAUUUCCAAACAAACGAAUACAGUAGGUUAACUGUCUUCGAUCAUUCCGCUGUUAGACGUUUUAUUAGACAAGCAAUACCCUUACACCACGCACGGAGAAUUUCCUGACCCGUGUUCGAUCUCAGCGCUACGUACUAUGCAGCCAAUGCGACCAUCUAACUCUCGCAACCGCAAGUUAAUUCGCUUGACUGAGGAUCCUGCACAAAUUUCAUUUAACUCCACCCACUCGCAGAGAAACUCCUUAAAGGGGAACUCUGGCGAUUUUCUGUCCCCCCACAGUUACUUCCAAACGAAAUCCUAACUCUCUUCGUCACAGAUCGAGUUUCGGCAGAAGUCUAAGGGCAGACGAGCGUCAAACCUUCGAUAAACGUUUUUUUAAAAACAAAAAUUCAGAAAACUGAUAUUGACGCUCUGGAUAUUCCUCAACCUCCAUAAAGGUGUUUUGUUCCUGUGACAUGAAACUGACAUCCGAGAGAGAGAGAGGGGAAAAAAAAUCUCAUCGAAACUAUAAAUUCUGCCAUUCGAGCGCUAGUUUAAAAGUAGUUCCGGUUCCCUUACGCUUCCCCGUAUCCUUACGCCAGCAGUGCCUCGAGACGUUUCGCACACAAGCACAAAUCCUUCCGUCUGAAUAAGUAGUUCCGUCUCUAAAAGGAUUGAUUGUUAUUUUCCGAGUCUGACAUCCGCCCCUUAGACUUCCUUACUGGAAGAGAGUUUUUAAAGGAUUAAACUACAAGCUAGUGAGCUACAGAUGCAACAAAUACACAGACAGUCUGGGGGAGAAAAAGAAAAACAAAGCAGUUUCCCUUUUAAGCUUGUUGCGGUAAUAGAAUCAUUUUUAGUUAUUUGUGUGUGUGUGUGUGUGCGUGUGUGUGUGUGUGUGUGUGUGCGUGCGUGCGUGCUUCAUCCCCUCACUGCUCCAUCAUCUCAAACUCGAGCGCACUGCCUUACUGACCCCGUUACAGGAAGUCAGAUUGUAUGUAAUGAAACGCUUCAAUCCUGUGCACUGUUACUGAAAACAAAAAUCAACGUUAUGUCUGUGCCUUUCCUCUGUGUGUGUGUGUGUGUGUGUGUGUGUGUGUGUGUGUGUGUGUGUGUGUGUGUGUGUGUGUGUGUGUGUGUGUGUGUGUGUGUGUAAAUGCCUGGAGUCACCACUUUGCUUUGAACCACUAAGGGCUGAUUUAUACAUCAUUGGACAUCUGUUCGUAUGAACACAGUAUAAACAGCGAGCACUAGGGGGCAGUGUGGAGAAAUAACCUGAUUAAAACCAGGCGGUGUAGAUGACGAUCCUCUAAUAACAGAUGUGCGAUUAAAGAGAAUCCGUACCAUGCUGAUUUUCGAGAGCGUGUACAUCCAAGCUGUAAAAUGAUCCCAAAGUGUACCUCUAACCGCAGCUAUCUCUACCUAUCCCACGAGUUUGGCGAUCGGCAAGCGUCUCUGAACGUUUAAUCAGAAGUGUCUCACACUGCCAAAAACUUAUGUCAAUUAUGUUCGAAGAGCAAAAAAACCCCAAACAAAACAAAACGCGAUGCUGUCUCACCUGUUUUCUGCUUCGUUUGGUUCACUUACCCAUAAUCCCCUCUGUCUACGUCCGGACACAAACGCGCUUACGUUAAUCUCAAGUACAAAUCAGCCCUUAACCCGUCAUCUCUUCGCUCGUAAACCUCAUGUCUCUCGUGCAAGCACAACGCCCUCUGCAGGUGAAUGGAGAUGAUGCACAUCAUCACCUACAUCAUGGACCGAAAGUUGCACUUAUUCCAGUCCACACUCGGUUACGUAGUAACCAAAUCUAAUAUUGAAUUAUAUGCGAAAAAAAUGUGUUAAUACAAUCAAUGUGUGUGAGAGAGAGAGUGUGUGUGUGUGUGUGUGUAGAUCAAAGAUGAGCUUUCUAUAUUAUUGAGCUUGCCUUAAGGUUUGUCGUGGAGCGAACGGCGCGUACGCGUGGCUCGGAACCGGCACCGCAGCCGCGAGCCACCGAGAACAGGAACACGGCCGUCUGCGGGUCGAGCGUCAAACGUAAACGAUGUAAAAUUGUACGGAGAUUUCCGAUUUAGACGAACUACAGGCAUGCCGUUGACGUGGGCCGUUGGCGAGCAUUUACCUCAAAAACCUCGUCACGAAUAGCGGCAGGAAGGAAAUAAAGCGUUGUCUUGGAAACGCACCUGUAGUCACGUGAGAAGACGUGAGUUACGAAGGUGUGACACUGACCACUUUCAUCAGGUGAUCAAUUUCUGCUGCAUUGUGUGUGAUGGAUGGAUGGAUGGAUGGACGGACGCUCAAAUCAGUUGUACUAUCGUUUUGUUUUUAUUUCCCUCAAGAUUUUAUGACCCAGAAUUCACGUCGUGAUUAAUAAAUUGUUUGUUUGUUUUUCGUGGUAGAAGUGGAACUGAGACUAAAACCAAGAGUUUUAACGGUUAAAACUUUUUCUUUCUUUCCUUUUUUUUUUUUAAACGAUUAAUCACACACUUUUAAAAUCGUACCACGUCGGCACUAAGCGAAACCUCCUUUUUUUUCCCCCCCAUUCUUCCUUUUUAACGUGACCACGUAACCGGUUUUAAAAAGAAACGAGCGUCUUUCUUUAACGCGUAAAAGAACCUGCAAAAUAUAUGCAAUGAUGUGUAUGUAAUCUUCGAUCCUCAAGUAUAAUCCAGGUUAUAUGGACUUUGUAUAGUGAGUUUUAAUCUCGUAUGGCCGUACCAACACGUAUUAAUUCUUCUCAGAAGCCUUAGAAGUCGUCUACCCAAAGUGCUCCCUUAGAAAACCCUCCACCUACCUGAACUUUACAAAAGCAUUAAUAACUAUAUUUUGUUGCGUUUUUAUUUGUACCCUUUUUUUUGGAAUAAAAUAGAUUUGUACUGUAUAUUUGUACCUCUGUGAACUACUUAGGGCAGUUUUUUUUUUUUGUUCUGUUUUGUUUCGUAUUAAUUUCGUUCGCUGUCUUAAUUCUAUGUACGGACACAAAGAUAUUGUAUUUUUAUUGUUACAGCUAACUUCUUGGAAACGUUGCAUUUAUCAUGUUUGUUAAGUAAACACAAUAUAAUAUAUAUAAUAUUACCAAACUGA